AUGUCCUCGGAGCAGAACACAUCGAGUACGACAACUGGAAACCGAAAACAACGAAAAGAUGGCUCCGGAGCCAUGCUGGAAAUAUUCCUCGCCAACCCCCCGACUCUCCCUGAGCGGCUCAUGAUGCUCGCUUCUUCCGCCUCCAAUCAAAACACUGUCGCCAUGCGUGAGGUGAAGAAAGGAAGGCCUAAGCCCUUCCUGGAUACUUGGCAACUAGCAUGGGGAGAGAUGCGGAAGGCGCUGAAGAAGUAG